AUGGGGCCCUCCCGGGCCUGGCUGCAUGUGGACAUCCAUUGGAUUUUUUACCUGGCUGCUGUGUUUUGCCUGACCUAUGCACUGCUGAAAGUGAUCCAGCUGUGUAGGAGGAGACAGCAACUGCUCAAAGCCCUAGAUUGCUUCCCAGGCCCGCCAAGGCACUGGCUGUAUGGCCAUGCUCAGGAGCUUCAAGAUCAAGAACUCAACAAGGUCAUAUCUUGGGCAGAGAAAUAUCCAUGUGCUCACUCUGUAUGGUUUGGAGGUUUCUUAGGAUUUCUGAAUAUCUACCACCCUGAAUACGCCAAGGCUGUAUAUAGCAGAGGAGAUCCGAAGGCUGGUGACUUCUAUAAUUUCUUUGUUCCAUGGACUGGGAAAGGAUUAAUUGUUUUACAUGGACCAAAGUGGUUCCAGCACCGUAGACUGCUGACUCCUGCAUUUCAUAAUGAUAUUUUGAAAUCUUAUGUGUCGCUGAUGGCGGAGUCCACCAAAGUGAUGUUGGAUAAAUGGGAAAAGCAGAUAACAAAGGACAAGUCGCUGGAUAUCUUUGAAGACGUUGGCUUGAUGGCUUUAGAUAGCAUGCUGAAAUGCACCUUCAGUUAUCAAAGCAACUGCCAGAACAGCGAGAAUACAUUUCUCAAAGCUAUACGUCAGCUCACAGCCAUGGUACAAGAGAGAAUGAGGACAUUUCUGUACCACAAUGACCUCAUCUACUGGUUCAGUCCCCCUGGGCGUCGCUUCUGGAAUGCCUGCAGAAUAGUCCAUCGCCAUACAAAGAAGGUGAUCAAGGAGAGGAAGGAAAGACUCAAGGAUGAGCGAGAGCUCGAAAAGAUCCAGAAGAAGAGGCUCCUGGACCUUCUGGAUAUUCUUUUAUGUGCCAAGGAUGAAAAUGGAGAAGGAUUACCUGAUGAAGAUCUACGUGCUGAGGCAGACACUUUCAUGUUUGGGGGUCAUGACACCACAGCAACUGGGAUCUCCUGGCUCUUAUACUGCAUGGCCCUGUACCCAGAGCACCAGCAGAGAUGCAGGGAGGAGAUCAAGGAGAUUCUGGGAGACAGAGAGACCAUUCAGUGGAAUGACCUUAGUAACAUGCCCUACACCACCAUGUGCAUUAAAGAGACCCUCCGCCUUUACCCUCCAGUACCUCAAGUGUAUCGACAACUCAGUGAACCAGUCACAUUUUUCGAUGGGAGGACUUUGCCAGAAGGUAGCUUAGUGUCUCUGCACAUUUACGCUCUUCACAGAAACCCCGCGGUAUGGAAAGAUCCAGAGGUGUUUGACCCCCUGAGAUUUUCACAAGACAACUUGUCUGAUCAGCAUUCCUUCGCCUUUAUGCCCUUUGCUGCUGGACCACGGAACUGCAUCGGGCAGCAGUUUGCCAUGACUGAGUUGAAAGUGGCUCUUGCCCUAACCCUCCUCCGCUUCGAACUCUCACCUGACCUGACUACACCUCCUAAUGAAGUAACUGAGCUUAUCCUGCGCUCCAGGACUGGAAUACACUUGCAUUUAAAGAAGCUUUCCUAA